CGUCGGUGUCAAAUAUAUCUGUGCUAUGUCUAUGGCGAAAUUUGUGAUGCAGAGAUUGUUGUGUCACCUUGGGGUCAUUCUAUUUAUCGCAUGAAUCGCAUUAUUAGCAGUUAAUCAGUUAUUGAGAAAAAACACAAACAGUUUCGCUACAUAGCUCUUGUACAAACAAUCUAGUGCAGAAAGUCAAAGUUCUAAAAUUUAAAUAUAUCUGAAACCAUUGUUGUUAUUGUGUCGAGAUGUUAUUUUAUAGCAUUCUAAUCGCUUUAUUAGCUUUUAGUUCGGGAGAAAUUAUACGAGUUCCAUUGUAUAAAAUACAAAGCGUACGUCGUCAAUUGCAAGAUGUAGGAACAGAAAUGAAACAAUUACGUCUUAGGUACGGAGGACCAACUCCUGAACCAUUGUCCAACUAUUUAGAUGCCCAAUACUACGGACCUAUAACUAUUGGUAACCCCCCACAAAAUUUUAAAGUUGUAUUCGAUACUGGUUCAUCCAAUCUUUGGGUUCCUUCAAAGAAAUGCCAUAUGACCAAUAUUGCCUGCAUGCUUCACAAUAAAUAUAACAGUGCUAAAUCUUCCACCUAUGUCAAGAAUGGCACUGAUUUUGCUAUUCAGUACGGAUCCGGAAGUCUUUCUGGUUUUCUUUCCACUGAUACUGUAAACGUUGGUGGACUCGAUGUGGCUAAACAAACUUUUGCCGAAGCUAUGAGUGAGCCUGGCUUAGCUUUUGUUGCUGCCAAGUUUGAUGGUAUAUUGGGAAUGGGAUACAGUUCAAUAUCAGUUGAUGGUGUUGUACCAGUAUUCUACAAUAUGUACAAUCAAGGUUUAAUAUCCGAACCCAUUUUCUCAUUUUACUUGAAUCGUGAUCCCACAGCUCCGGUUGGAGGAGAAAUUUUAUUAGGAGGUUCAGACCCAGAUCACUAUAAAGGUGACUUCACUUAUUUAUCAGUCGAUAGAAAGGCUUAUUGGCAAUUCAAAAUGGAUUCAGUAAAAGUUGGCGGACAAACAUUUUGUGAAAAUGGAUGUGAAGCAAUUGCAGACACUGGUACCAGUCUUAUCGCAGGUCCUUUAAAUGAAGUUCAGAAUUUGAAUAAACUUAUUGGUGCUACACCAAUUGUUGGUGGCGAAUAUAUGGUUGAUUGCCAACAAAUACCAAACUUGCCAACCAUUGAAUUCAUAUUAAACGGGAAGGUAUUUGCAUUGGAGGGAGCUGAUUAUGUUUUGAAAGUUGCUCAAAUGGGAAAGACAAUUUGUCUAUCUGGAUUUAUGGGAAUUGAUAUUCCUCCUCCAAAUGGUCCUCUAUGGAUUUUAGGAGAUGUUUUUAUUGGAAAAUUCUACACCGAAUUUGAUAUGGGAAAUGAUCGAGUGGGUUUUGCCGAAGCUGUUUAAAAUAUAAAUAUUUUUGUAAAGAAGUCUGAUAUUUUGUUUAUAAAUACUUUAAAAUCAAAGAUUAAUAAUAGUUAGAAAUU